AUUUCGCAAGUACACGGAGAUCACGGAGGCUCCUGUAGCAAUGCGUGGGUAACGGCGUUUUCGCAAACGCACACAGCUGUAUGGAAACAAGGCACACUAAUUAGAAUUUCGAAACAGCAAAUCAACUAUGAUGAACGAGAGGCUCAUUAUGUCGGUUUUUCGCCACCCCGUGGUAUGGAACAUGCGCAUGGAACACUACAGAGAGAGAACCAGAACCAAUAACGCUUGGAAACAAAUCAGCGUUGAACUGAGCCUGCCAGAAAAAGACUGCCGGAGGAAAUGGCGGGAUCUUCGAGACCGGUAUGUGAGGGAGAGGAGGGAGGCUACAGAGCCCACCUCCGGUGCCACUAUGGCCAGCCACAGGAGACCCUGGGGCGCCGCACCCCUUCUGGCUUUCCUGGACCCCUUCAUAUCCUCCAGACCGGCAACAGCAACAUCAAACCUGCCCAAGAUGGAGACUGAAGCUGUGCGUGACGGGCCCAGUGACGUGGAGGCCGAGAACGAGAGAGAAUGGACAGACGAAGGUGUGCCUGACCGCUCGAGUGUGGCGAGAGGCCGCGUGAACGAGAGCACACCUGAGGGAUCGAGUGUGGCGAGAGGCCGUGUGAACGAGAGUGCGUCUGAUGUGACGGUUGUGGUGAGCGAGAGGGUGAAUGAGAAUGCGGCUGAGGGGCCGAGCACUUUGAAGAAGAGGAUAAGGGUGAGUGCGCAUGACAGAACAGGUGCGGAUUCAGAGCGAGGGCUAGGGGGGCUUCUGGGCAGGAAGCGAAAGGUGGGAGGGAGAGACGUUCUCAGCGAGUUUGAGGCCAACCUCCUGCUGGCCCUCGAGAAGAUGAAAACUCCUCCUCCUCCUGCCCCCGUCCAGGAUGAAGAUGAGCUCUUUCUACUGAGCCUUCUGCCAGCGCUGCGCAGGCUGGACAUCAGGGACAAGGCACGAGUGAAACUGGACAUACAUCGCCUCGUUUACCAAGCGGAAUUUCAGCUGUCACAAGGCACGAGUGAAACUGGACCUACAUCGCCUCAUUUAAGCGGAAUUUCAGCUGUCACAAGGCACGAGUGAAACUGGACCUACAUCGCCUCAUUUAAGCAGAAUUUCAGCUGUCACAAGGCACGAGUGAAACUGGACCUACAUCGCCUCGUUUGCGGAAAUUCCUUGUAAGUAACAGGAAGGCUACACUGGGUGCGUAACUAAAGCGCUCCGUUCGCGAUGCGUAAAAAUAAUUUUAGAAGACUGGUUUAUUUUUUUGAACGUGCGCGGCUGCGCGCCGUUGCCACGUCUGGUGUAGUCCAUUCAAGUGAUCAUAGGGGUUGCAACAGACGUAACGCGAAAGGAACGAUUCAGUUAUGCAGCCGGUGUAGCCCCACUGUUAAUAGACCUUUUUCGCAGCAGCCAUUUUGACAUGAAAUGGGAUGAUGGGAAAUGGCUGAUGGGAAAUGGUACGGCAAGCACAGGUGUAACGUGUCUGUGAACAUGGCUGGGAAAUGGUAUGGCAAGCACAGGUGUAACGUGUCUGUGAACAUGGCUGGGAAAUGGUAUGGCAAGCACAGGUGUAACGUGUCUGUGAACAUGGCUGGGAAAUGGUAUGGCAAGCACAGGUGUAACGUGUCUGUGAACAUGGCUGGGAAAUGGUAUGGCAAGCACAGGUGUAACGUGUCUGUGAACAUGGCUGGGAAAUGGUACGGCAAGCACAGGUGUAACGUGCCUGUGAACAUGGCUGAUGGGACAACCAGCCCAUUAGAAGCCCAAUUGUACACUGACACAGUUGUGAAUGUUGGCCUUAUUUAAAGGUGCUAUAAGCGAUGUUGGGUAACGUCACUUCUGUUGACGUUCUAACAAAACAGAGAGCUAGCCCGCUAACUCCCUUCCCCUCCCUCCCUCCUUAACAUGCAUCUCGUCUGUUAUUGGCUGGAACACUCUUUGUUACGUUUCGUGGUGCAGGUUGCAUGAGUUUGUUUUUGUUGCCGUUUGCGAGGCCUGGGCUGUAUACAGAGACCGCUGUUUUUUUACAGUGCUUUCAGGGGGCAGGCCAAGGGGGCAGGCGAACGUUCGGAGAGCGUAGACACUAUGGGCAGAUCUGAGGCUAAUAGGAGACCACUUCCAGCUAGCCAUUCCACUGAAGCCCUUUCAAUUUGGCGCCACUUUGACAUCAAGUAACGUUAAAACUGAAGCGUUUUAAGUCUUUAUAUGAACCUUUUCUAUUUUCAGAGAAAUACAACAUUGUGUGAUUGGUGUUGUAACCUUGUAACUGACUUUACGGCUGAGUAAUAGCAUUGUUUUCGGAAAAAAAAGUAUAUCAUGACGAAAUUUACGUAAUGAGCAUGCGACCAUUAUAUUUAUUAUAUUAUAUUAUUAUUCUAUUCUAUUCUAUUAUAUUUUAUUAUAUAUUUGUAUUUUGUUUGAAUAUGGGACUGUGUCCCCUACCAUCUGACUAUGAGUUUACACUUAUUUUACGGUCAAGUCAAAUAUGUGUCAACGUUGUACAACAGUAAUAAAAUAAAAUUGAUCUAUGAGGCCGAGGGUGACCCAGCCUUCAUCACUGAUGGCUUUCUAUCUGAACAGUAGCCGUCAUAUCCACGAUUCCCACAAUUCUUAGCGAUUUUACUACACAAUCCCGAACUCUAUCAAGCUCAACAGUGACCGCCCACCUC